CAUCAAAAAGCUAACUUUUUUCAUUUCUUUCUGAGAAAUUGGUUCUCAUCGUUGGAAUCGAAAAAUGGGUAGAAUCGGUUUAGUUGUGUCUGAUCUGGUAUUGUCGUUCAUGUGGAUAUGGGCAGGCGUUCUGGUCAACAUUUUAGUCCAUGGAGUUCUUGGUUUUAGUCGGAGCGAUCCCACCGGUGAGAUCGUUCGUUAUCUCUUCUCUAUCAUCUCCAUGUUCAUCUUCGCCUUCCUUCAGCAAAUCACCAAAGGCGGACUUUAUAAUCCUUUGACCGCUUUGGCUUCUGGAGUCUCCGGUGGCUUCAGCAGUUUUAUCUUCUCUGUUUUCAUUCGAAUCCCCGUCGAGGUAAUAGGAUCAAUUCUUGCGGUUAAGCAUGUCAUUCACGUAUUCCCUGAGAUUGGGAAAGGACCUAAACUACAAGUAGCAAUCCAUCACGGUGCUUUAACAGAAGGGAUACUAACAUUUUUCAUUGUACUGCUCUCAAUGGGACUAACAAGAAAAAUCCCGGGAAGUUUCUUCAUGAAGACUUGGAUUGGUAGUCUUGCUAAGUUAACUCUUCAUAUUCUUGGCUCUGAUCUUACCGGCGGAUGCAUGAACCCUGCAGCAGUUAUGGGAUGGGCUUAUGCACGAGGUGAACAUAUAACAAAAGAGCAUUUACUUGUGUAUUGGCUUGGACCUGUCAAGGCUACAUUGCUUGCAGUUUGGUUCUUCAAAGUUGUGUUUAAGCCUCUCACCGAAGAACAACAGAAACCUAAGGCUAAAACUGAGUGAGGAAUGAGAAAUGAGCUCAGCUUUCAUAUUUAAUCCUCUCUGGAUAAAUCUCCUCCACACAAGACACUGAGGGGUAGGAUUGUUUCCGCUGUUAUCCAGGGAUAUCUUCUUAGAUUUUGUUAUGUGUUUUUUAUGUAGCAAACUCAACUGUAUUAACCAGUUCAAUAAAAGCUGAAAUUUUUA